AGGGAGGACAGCGCGCGGGGGGGUGGGGGGAGGCAGCGCGCAGUUCUCGCGUCAUUUGCUGUGGAGCCGCGGGUGCGCGCGGAGGAGCGGAGGCUGCGCUGCGGGGGCUGCCGGGAGCGCGGUCGGGCCCGGGCUGAGGCGGCGGCGACGCUCGCAUCUCCACCCUGCUAAGACACUGGACGCUGCUUCCUUUACAGCAAAGAAAAUCUGAAUUCCUCCAACGCUCAGGAUGGGGAAAGAUUACUAUUCUAUCCUGGGAAUUGAAAAAGGGGCUUCUGACGAGGAUAUCAAAAAGGCUUACCGAAAACAAGCGCUGAAAUGGCAUCCAGAUAAGAACAAAUCUCCCCAUGCAGAAGAAAAGUUCAAAGAGGUUGCAGAAGCUUAUGAAGUGCUGAGUGAUCCCAAAAAGAGAGAUAUUUAUGAUCAGUUUGGGGAGGAAGGUCUUAAAGGAGGAGCUGGAGGAUCUGAUGGCCAGGGCGGCACCUUCCGGUACUCCUUCCAUGGAGACCCACACGCUACAUUUGCAGCUUUCUUUGGUGGCACAAAUCCUUUUGAGAUCUUCUUUGGGAGGAGGAUGCCUGGUGGCAGAGACACUGAAGACAUGGAGGUGGAUGGUGACCCAUUUGGAUCCUUCAGUAGUUUCAGUAUGAAUGGUUUUCCAAGGGAAAGGAAUACAGUUGGCAGCCAGUUACGUCGUAAACAAGAUCCCCCUGUAAUCCAUGAACUGAAAGUGUCACUGGAAGAGAUCUAUCAUGGCUGCACGAAAAGAAUGAGGAUUUCACGCAAAAGGCUUAACCCAGAUGGCAGAAGCGUCCGAACAGAGGACAAAAUCCUCACUAUUGAGAUCAAAAGAGGAUGGAAAGAAGGCACCAAGAUCACUUUUCCAAAAGAAGGCGAUGAAACACCCAACACGAUUCCAGCUGAUAUUGUUUUUAUCAUUAAAGAUAAACCUCACUCUCAUUUCAAGAGAGAUGGAUCAAAUAUUGUCUAUCCUGUUAAGAUCAGCUUAAGGGAGGCUUUGUGUGGCAGCUCUUUCAACGUGCCAACGAUAGAAGGAAGAACCAUACCCAUGACAGUCAAUGAAGUGGUAAAGCCUGGGAUGAGAAGAAGAAUUAUAGGAUAUGGUUUGCCAUUUCCCAAAAAUCCUGACCAACGGGGAGACUUAAUUAUAGAGUUUGAAGUAAUUUUCCCAGAUAACAUUUCUCCAGCAUCAAAAGAAGUACUUAGGCGAAAUCUUCCAGUUUCAUAAAAUGGAAGACUGUGUAUGUCAACAGAUUAAAAUAGGACACUGGAAAUGCAGAAGACUGGCGAGUCUGCUUUAAAAGUGCAAUCUGUAACACCUAGUGGAAUCUUUGGUUUUUUUUGUUUUGUGGGAUGGGUGGGGGGAAAAUACUGUAAUGCUGCAUGAGAAGAAAAGGGUUUAAGUAGAAGUCCUACAGAUGAAUUCUGCAGUAAAAAUUACAGGGAAAACCACUCAUUUUGUUUUACAUCUUCCUAAUCAGCAAUGUUUAGUCAUUAUUUUGCUUAAUAUAAUUACAGUAAUUUUUUUACAAAGUCAGUGCAUAUUUCUGAUACAGUACUUGAACCUCCAAGUACAUUAUUUCUUAUAUCCUCACCGUGUCUAUAACAUUACACAUUUAUACAGAAAUUUUAAAUCAUAGUAGAGAUACACAAAGGUAUAAAUAUUUUAAAGAGCACAUGAGAGAGAUCAUUUCAGUAUGUUGCCUUCCACUGCACAAAGCAUAGGCCAGAAAAAUCAGCUUGGACUCCUGACCAGCUCCCCUGUGCAAUGAAAGCAUUCUCUUUAUUGCCUCCAGAAGUGUCAGGACUGCAUUGUGGGUGUGGCCAAGGGCACAUGGCCUGAGGAGGCAGAGUCGCCAUUUGCUGUGGGAUGGUUCCUCAGCCUUCAGGCAGAAUAGCAAGAAGGGUUCUUCAGGGACAAGAACAGCAAAUAUGAGCCUGCUGUUGAAUGGGGCAGGGAAGCUGGUGACCAAUGACAUGGAGAAGGCUGAGGUACUCUGUGUUGCCUUUGCAUCAGUCACUACCAGUAAAACAACCAUGCAGAAAUUCCAGGCCCCUGAGACUAGUGGGGAAAUCUGGAACCUUGGUUGGUGGUGGAGGAUUGGGUUAGGGUGCACUUUACCUGGAAUUCUGUGAGCCUGGCAGAUUGCACCCUAAGUGUUGAGGGAGCUGGCUAAGCCAUUGCAGGGCCACUCUUGGUUAUCUUUGAAUGGCCAGGGGGAUUAAGAGAUGUUCCAGUAGAUCUUCAAAAAAACCAAGAAGGAAGAUUUGGGAAUCCACAGGCUAAUCAGCUUCACCUAAGGCCUUGAUAAUAUGAUGGAAAAGAAUCCUCCUGGAGAGCAUUUCUAGAAGGUGGUCGGGGUAGCCAGCAUAGUUGUACAACAGGGAAAUCUUGCUGGACCAGUCUUACUGCCAUCUCCAAGAAGCUUUGGGGAUUUGGGAGAACAGUCUGAGUUGUUUACCUUUUACAUCAGCAGGCAGACUGGUGAAGUACAGGUUGGAUAAGUGGGAAGUGAGAUGGAUUAAAAGCUGGCUGCAUGAUGGGGCACAGGGAGUUUAAUCAGUGGCACCAAGUCCAGUUGGAGGCUACUUAGUGGUGUACCCUCUGGCUGAGUACUGGGGCCAACACUAGUCAUCAUCAUUAAUGACCUGAAUUAUGGGAUGGAGUUUACAAACCAUAUAAGAUGGGAGGAGUAGCAGUACCACCAGCUGAUGGUCCUGCCUUUCUGAGGGGCCCCGACAGGCUGAACAACUGGACACAGGAUUCUCACCAAGUUCUGUAAGGGGCAGUGCUCCACUGGGGAGUAACUGGCCAGCAGCCUGUCAGUAAACUGAUUGUGAGCUGGCAAUGCAGCCUUGUGGCAGCAGAGGCCAAAGCUUUGCUAGCAGGUGAGGGGAGAUGAUCCUUCCUCAUUACUCAGCACUGAUGAGCAUCCAUCUGGAGUGCUGGACUCCCUGGUACUUGAAGGAUACAAACUUAGUGGAGCAGCUCUAGCACAGAACCACGUGUGAGAAGCUGAGAGAGCUGGAACUUGCAGACAUGGGAAAGAAAAGAGUUGGGGGAGAUCUUGGCUCCUUCAGGAGGGAAUGAAGAUGGAGGAGUCAGGCUCUUCUCAGCAGCUUUCAGUGACUGGACUAAAUGGACACAGUUAGGGGUUCCAUCUGAACACAAGGAAACAGAUUUUUACUGAGAGGAUGAUCAAACACUGGAACAGGUUUCCUAAAGAGUUUGAGGAGUUGCUAUCCCUGGAUACUCAUAGCCUGACUGGACAUUGUGCAGGGCAGCCUGCUCCAGCUGACCAUGUGUGAGCAGAGGUGUUGCACUACAUGGUGCCAGGAGGUUUCUUGUAAGCAAAAUCAUUCUUUGAACUUGGGCUUGGCAUUUUUUGCUAUGGGUCAUGUUCUGUAAAUGAGGUUUAGCCUAAAGAUGGUGCUCAUGUGACCGUUCCGUAGGGAGCAGGUCUGUGCCAGAUUGGAAAGAUGCACAAAAAACCCUGUAAAAGCAUUUGGCUAGGGCAGGUAUUUAAGGAUCAUGCUGAUCACAAGUAUUCUUUAUUUUCAAAGGCCAAACUUUACUCCCACGAAGAAAAAAAAAGAGCUAGGUCGUAUCUAAAGCAAAGUUUGUUUAAGAGUCAGUGUGGGAUAGGGGUUGCCCAGAAACUUUCUAUGCUUGAAUUGAGUUACUUUUUUAAAAUUCAAAUAUGAGUCCGUUGUCUUUAGAGUUCAAAAGUGCAUAGAGAGAUGGAGAGCCCUCUGUAAUAGUCUAGUUUUAUAAUACAGUAAUAGGGCUGGUUCCCUUGGUUGCAGCAUGGAUUGGUGGAAGAAAUGCCUUGUGGGCAUGCUUUAUUACUUGAGUUUAAAACCAUAAUACAGUGCUUUAACAACACUUUCAAAGGGUUUGGGGUUUGGGAUUUUUUUUGUUGUUGUUUUUCAUAAGAAAGUAUUUCAAGAUUUGCUGUCAGCCUUUUGCCUGUGGAAAUGUAGAGGUUACCUGCUCUGUUGGGUAGCCUACAAAAUAGCAGUGUUGUAUAUGUGACUGCAGAAAGUAAAUCAUAUGGAAGUUGGGAUUUAAUUUACAGUAAUUUUUACAUGAGUGUAAGAAUAAUCCCAUUUUUUAAAGGAGUAGAAUUUCUGUGGGUUAUUGUUCAAGUCAAUUUUUCAACUGCAGAUCUCUUCUUGCAGUACCAGUUAGUUGUAGUCCUAAAUCUACAGGAAGUAAACAAUUGCUGGAGCAGUAUUACAAAGAAAAAAAAAUUGCUGCUUAGUGCUUCUGCAUAUUGUUAAUACUAUAUAUUGUUUGUUGAAAAAUUUCCAUUUCAGUAUGUUCCGUAUUGCAUUUCUUAUGUGGUUUUUAAGUAAAAAGUGUAAAGUUGGUUUUUAACUUUCUCUUAUAUUUUGUUAUGAUGGCAAAUGCUACAAGCUACACAGCUUUAAAGCAUAUCAACCUAAAAUACCUAUUUGUCCGUUUAAAAGCUAAUGGAAUCAAGCAUUUUGUAAUCCAGGAUCUUGUAACCAUAUCCAACUUGUAAAAAAAAAGUUACAGCAACUAAGACUAUUUUUUUUGUAACCAUCUUCAGGUAAGAGGAGUAGUGUUAAAUUGAGGAAUUGCAGUAUCUUGUGUAUUUAGAGGUGUAUAUAUAUAUAUAUAUAUGUGUAUAGCAAACUAAACUUUUCCAACUGUUUUCAAGCUCAAAAUACAAAACUUAUAGAACUGGUAUGAAAUAAAUGCUUGUAUUUCUUUUCUUAUGGAGAGAUAAAGUAUAUGUUUCAGAAACCAGCAUGUAAAAUUACUUCAAAAUAUGAGAGGAAGCAUUAAUAUCUGUCUAAUCCAGGAUUCACAAAAAAUAUUUUUCUAAUCAAAAAUGUGCUUAAAAGCUAUGUUUUAAAACCCACUUGAUUAUUUAAUAAAGCUACUUGGGAGAAGGAAGCAAAUACUCAGUCAACUACUAUAUUUGUAACUACUGAAAUACAUGAAAAUAAAAUGGUCAUUCAUGAAACUGGGA